CACUCACGAGUCACUACUCGCAGUACGGCGACGGAGAAGAAAAGGAGGAGGAACUCGUAAACAAAGAAGUUUCAUGCGAAUUUUUUUCAGAAAUGUGUGAUUUAAACAGGUUUUGUCGAUUAUGUCUGAGAGAAGAAGGAGUGGAUGUAAAACUCUUCAACCGUCCCAAAGCGAAUGAUGACCUAGCAUUGUAUGAGAAAGUGAAGCGAUGUGUACCUGUUCAGAUCGAGCUGGGCGAUGGUCUUCCUUCUCUAAUCUGCAAGAUAUGUGCAAGCCUCAUAGAGAAAAUAUGGAAUUUCAGAGCUUCAACCGAACUUGUAGAUACAACAAUAAGACAGUUACUGGAAGAAAGAAAUGCCACACUCAAUUUGGAAGAAAAAAUUAAGUCAAUAGCCAGAGGCACUUUAACACCACCAUCUAGAGCAAGGCAGUGCAAGAAGAAAAGUGAACUAGAAAAGCUGUCGCCAGCAUCUUGUAGCACUGCGUCCGAGAGUGAUUUAUGCAAUGAAGCUCUACAGAAUGCAAUACUUAAUUCUCAACCCGACUCCAACGAUGAUUGGGCAGAGACUGGGCUUUCUCUGGAAUCUCCAACUUCUCCUCAGUCACUCAUAAGUGGCAAGGAGGAUGAAGAUUUACCUCUUUCCAAAAUUGGGAGAAAGAGGCUGGAGUAUGUGUGUGAAUUUUGUGGACGAAAGUUUUCAAGAUCAAAUCACUUAGCUCAGCAUGAGCUCACCCACACAAAAGAAAAACCCUUCCACUGUUCAGACUGUGGAAAAAGCUUCUGGUAUAAAGCAUCCCUUAUUGGCCACAUAAAGCAAACACACACCGGUGAUUGCAAUUACACCUGUGAACUUUGUGGAAAGGGCUUUUUUAAGAAAACUGAGCUGACACGGCAUAAACCAACUCAUUCAAAUGAAACCCCACACAAAUGUCCUCAAUGUGGCAUGGGAUUUAAAAUAACAAAAACCUUGAAAAGACAUAUUAGAAAUGUCCACAACGCUCAGAGAUCUCAUGUUUGUCACACAUGUGGUAAAAGUUUUAUCCAACUGCAGACACUUAAGGUGCAUAUGGUUCUUCAUUCUGGAGUUAAACCGUACAAGUGCUCUUAUUGUGGAAGAGGAUUCGCUCAAUCUGCUCCACUCAAAACCCACAUGCGCAUACACACAGGGGAGAAGCCCUAUAGCUGUCAUGUAUGUCAAGAAGCCUUCUCAACACGUACAGCCCUCACUUCCCAUGCAUUCAAGCACAAAAAUGUGUUGCCUUACCCCUGUACUCGAUGUGAAGCUUCCUUUCGGUUCAAGAAAGACUUGGUUUGUCAUGAACAAGGACAUGACGAUGUGGAAGUUCGUUUGAAUCAGUGUCCUAACAUUAAGGAAGAAGGAUCUGAUGGUACCGACCACCUGCAAAGCCAACUGGAACUCACUCAAGGGUCUGAAGCUCACGAUCGACUGGAAGCAGUCUACAAUGAUGAUGAUGAGCAGUUAUUUGACUCAUACAACCCUGUUGAAAAUCAGCCAUUUCCUGGUAGCAACUUGAUUAGUUGUCUCAGCAGUUCCACACUGCAACAAAUGUCACUAAAUAACUCCAUGUCUUCAACAAACACAUUGCAUGAGACAUAUUCCAGCCAUCAUGUUGAUGUUCCUGAGGUAGGUGGCUCUCAAAGGCAUCCUCUCAUACAUAUGCCAAAUUUGUCUAACUGCUGCAAUUGAAGUGCCAAGUAGUUGUAUGUAUCUCAUGGCCCGGCAGUGGGCACAUUGCCUCACUUUUUGUUGCACUUGAACCUCUGAAAUUGACCGCAUCAGUUUAGGAAAUUAACACAUAAAUAGAUAGGGCCAGUAGUGAAGUGGUGAAAUAGGCAGUGCAUCCCCACUCUCUACCUCAUCCCUGGCCCUAAUAAUUCUUAUUUUGCCAUCAACUAAAAUUAUCCUCUGCUUAUUGUUCAAGUUUACCAUAUAUUUAUUUUUCACCAAAGAUUGAAUUACUUCACAGGAAAAAAGACAUGUGGUGUUAAUCAGAAAAUAAAAUGACAUUAAGUUCUUUA